AUGAGCUGUGAGCGCGUCAAAAGAUCCAACGACGGACGUGUAUUUUGUUCUGCCAAUUAAAGCAGUCUGCUGCUACGACGAAGCUAGUUCUUUGCGCGGAGCAUAACACAACGUAAAAUUGCAGCUGUCCGCGACGCGCGCCUCUUAUUGUGUGCGUGUGUGUGUGUGUGUGUACAUAUUUGUUGUUGGUGUGAAUUUUAUAAAUAAAUCGGUUGGCGUGAAAGUGAAAUGCGUUGCAAGUAACAUAACUAAACACAAGUGGAUGCCCCUCCAAGCCCCCUCCACACACACACAUGAUUAAGUGAGCGACGCAAUUAAGUGAAAAAUUUCUAAAAUAAAAGAAGAAGAAAAAAAAACAGAAACCUGGUUUCAGGUUUUCUUCUGCCAACAUUGUUGUUUAUCUAUUUGAAAGCGAAGCGCUCGCUUUCAACAAGUUCAACUCACCGACGCCAAGCAACGAACUGGAAGGCGCGGCAGCAUCAAACUGAACUGAAACUCAAACCAGAAACUGAAAUUAAAACGCAGCACAAAACCAACAACAACAAUACCAACAACCAAAGCAACUCGUCCUUGAGCUCAUAUUUUUAAACACCUGUUCAAGCGCAACAGCGGCAACAACAACAACAACAAACAUUGGGAAGAGAAUUUUGCGUUCCUCUCAAAAAAAAAGAAAAAAUAAUAAUGAAUAAUUUUACAACCACAACGGCCGCUGUGCCCAAAAAGGAAUCACUGCCGCGAUCAGGACAUGUUAAUGAGGUUUGCAAGGAAUGGCUCGUGCGUGAGGACGGCGCCCUGGCCUACAAGCUGCAGUCCCAGGAGAUUAACGACUUUUACAAGGGCAAUCGGUACAGGAAUGCGGUGGUGCGCGAAGAUUUCCCCACGGCUCUGCAUGAGCAAAUCAAGGAAACGGAGCAGGCCCAACGUCAAGUGGAGGCCUACCGGAGACGCCUAACCGAACAGGAGGAGCACGAUAAACGCGUUGCCAAAGAAAUUGCCGACAAACUGGAGCGUGAUCUGCAGGAACAGCAGCAGGAGGAGCUGCAGCAAAGCGAACUUAUAGCACAGAAAAUGCAGGAAAUCUAUGUUAAUCUGCCGCCCGUGCCGCCGCCAACAACACGGGACAAGAGCCGUCCGCCGCCACGACCAGCCAAAGCAAGUAUACGACAGCAACAGCUGCAACUGCAACAGCAGCAGCAGCAACAAUCCAAUGGCAGCCUUGAGCCCAGCACCUCACAGCAAGCUAGAUAUCACAGUCAGCAGCAGCAGCAGCAGCAACAGCAACAACACUUUUCACAAACAGACAACUAUGUAGGACUAUCGCUCAUACCAAAUAUUGUUGAUAAGCCAGCAACAGCAGCAGUAGCAGCAACAGCAGCAGCAGCAACUAGCACACCCAGUAGUAGACACAAUGCACAGAACACACACAAUCAGCUGUUGGUGAGUGAUGCUGAGCAUACGCCAUCAUCAUCGCCACAGCAGCAUCAGCAACAACAACAACAUCAACAACAAUUACAGUCACGUUUCCAUCAUGCACAACAGCAACCACAUCAAUCAGCACGUCGCAUUGCACCACUAAACAUCAGCACCACAUCACAGCACACAACUAAUCAUGCAGCUGACAUCGAUGAGCUGGUGGAUUAUGCUGAUGUUGCUGACAGCAUACGCAACAUGUCAGCAACAACAGCAGCAGCUGCCGCAGCAGCAGCACCAGCAUCAGCAACAGCCAAUGUUAUCGAUGCAGCAAUGCCGCCGCAACGUUCUGCAUCACAUGAGAACUUACUGCGUUCCGAACCCAAAUUUCAGAAACUAUCACCGGAGAAAUACGAUCAAAUGGUUGGCAACUUUGCCCUGGGCAAUUCGAAGGCGGCCGAGCGUCACAUGCAACAGCAUGCGGAUGAUAUUGAGCUCUAUGUGGAUCCCUGUGACUAUGCCAGUCUGCGCGACAUUGGAGUGCCACCCGAGGAGAUACACGAGAUGAGCAAGAAGAUCAAACAGGAACAGAAAGAUGAGUUGCUGGCACGUCGCCUGCAGGCCAUUGAGAGCAAGGAUAGCGUGCGGCAGGAGCAACGCGAUCGCUUGCUGGCCAUCGAGGCACAGGACAAAGAACUCGCCAAAAUGCUGCAGGAGCGCUACGGCAAAAAUAUAUUCAAAUUGAGGAAAUUCAAAAUUUCUGCAGUUAAGGAGAAAGCCAAAGUGAAGCGUGCCAAGGAGAAGGCGCGCCUGCGCAAAUCUCAGCAGAAGGAUGUCAUCGGAGCCAAUGGAGUUGGAGUGAACGGCUUGUUGUGUGGCACGAACGGAUCGUCCCAUUGUGGCCCACUGAUGGCACUGCCACAGGACUGCAUGUCGUCGUCACAAACGCCAGCCGAUAUCGAUGUGGAGGCCUAUUCCAAUCCGAUUGAUGUGCUCAACAACAGUCGCGAGCAACGUCAGCCGAAUGGCACUCUAACCAAUGGCAGUCUGACUCGGGACAGCAGCUCCUCCACACACGGCUCUAUGCAGCGGCAACAGCGACAGGCGGCCGCAGCAGCUAGCAGUCUGACACGUGGCGAGGACGACAUCUACACGCUGCCCGUGGACAGCUGUCGACUGGCCGGAAAUGGACAGCGACCCAUUUCAUUGCAUUUGGCUGCGGAGACAGUGCAGCAAUUGCAGCAGCAGCAGCAGCAACAGCAUAAUUCGAUGACGCGCUCGGAGAACUAUGGCUCGGAGGCGGGUUCACAUGACAGCACACUGUCCAGCGGUCAUGAUGUGUCGCCGCACAUGAAAUACUCCAAGUCCGGCAACUUUGGUAUAUAUAUCCAAGCUCCAGUCCCACGCCGCCUUAUAUGCCAAUUCAGGGUACGCGCCGAUCAAAUUCAAGUGAAGAUCGUAAAAAGAAAUCGAAGGACAACAAGUGCACGCAUCAGUGAAACGGCCUUUAGAUAAACAUAAACACACUUUAUCUAUAUUUUUUAUAUGUUCUCAACGAUUGUAUCAGAGGGACAAUGAAAUUGUUCCAGCUCACUUUUCACUUCUCACAUUUUUUCAUAUUCACAUCUCCAAAUUAGCAUUUAAACGUAGUUUUUACAUAAGCUUUAUUAUAUAAUCCUUUGUUGUGUAUGGUGUAUCAGAUAAAAGAGAAUCCAACUUUUGGGUUUUACAAUAAAUGUUUCUCGAAUAAGUCCAAUUAA